AUGACUGAAAGGUUAAGAUUUUACCCCUUUGGCCUUUCCGCCCAAAAACAAAUUAAUGAUUUUCUCGCUCAAUCCGAAAGGAAUGAUCGACAAAAAAAUAUUCUUGUCGAGGAGCCAGUUACUACUAUAACCCUCAAAAAAGUUUCUUUCGCUUAUCAAGAAAAUAAACCUAUUCUGAAAAAAUUAGACUUACAAUUUAAAAAGGGGGAAGUAAAUUAUUUAACUGGAGCCAACGGAUUUGGCAAAAGUACAAUAAUCAGUUUAAUUAUGGGAUUAUAUCAAGCCAACGGAGCCAAAAUUGCUUAUGCCGAACACGAAAAUCUCAUCGAGAAUGAUUUAUCAACUGGUCAAAAGCAAUUAGCUGAUUUAGACAAUUUGUUUGCUAAUAGUAAAAAUAAGGAAGUAUUCAUUUUUGAUGAAGCCGAUAAUGCUUUAGAUGAGAAUAACAAGAAAGAGUUUCAUGAAAAAAUAGAGAGAAUUAAGAACAACAAAAAGACCCGAGCCGAAAAGAUAUUAGAAGAUAUUGAAGCCCAGUUGCGAAAACUGAUUACUGAAAAGAAAGAAUUAAAAAAAAA